UUGUCUCUCCUUACUAGUGCUGCCUCCUCGCGGAUCUGCUUCUAGAAGCUAGCCGCCCCGUUACCCACCAGCCCUCCCCAGCAAAACUUCCACUGCCUUUGCAAUCUUUCCCGGUCUUGGUCCCCCAUCUACCCGCGGUACUGAAGUCCGACGUGGAUUUCCUCCCUCCUCCAAACCUUCUUCCAAUGGUCCUCGUCCGCUUUACUUAAGGAAGAACAAUCGGAGUCAAUCAAAUUCGCCUGCACGGAUUGCCAUAAUGUCGAAUGCCAUCGGUUCAGCAUGGCGGUCCUUUUGGCAUACAAUGACUUCUUAUGAUCGCCAUGCAUCCCACGACUCGCCAUAUCGAACGGGCAGGCAUGUGCCUCUUAGCCAAAGUCGACACGAGCCUCUCACGUCCAUUGCAACAAGCGCCAUCGAAUCUCGGCCGGAUCUGACCUCCCCCUAUGACGAUGACCAGCCAAAAGGCGCAAACGGCUGGUCCGGCUCUCCCACAGGGGCCGGCUCACCCAAUCGCCCAUACUCUCCUGGCAUGCGAUCCAUGUCGUCUCAGAAGCGCCAAUCCGCGGAUCCCAAUGCAGACGGUGUUCCGGAGAUUCAGAUGCAAAGUUUCCAUGAUGGCGCUCCGCCCCCUCCGCCCAUCGCUCAUUCAUGGAGGAAAAUUGAAAAGUGGUUGGAGAAUAAUUACACAGAACUUUGGGAUAAUCUAUGCGAGGGUUGUACCCAAAAUGACAUCAACGAACUGGAGCAUGAACUGGACUGCAGCCUACCCUUGGAACUGCGGGAGUCCUUGAUGAUUCAUGACGGCCAGGAGCGUGGGGGUCUGCCCACCGGUGUCAUCUUUGGCUGUAUGCUCCUGGACUGUGAAGAGAUUGUUCAAGAAUGGAAGAACUGGAGGACGGUCAAUGAGGAAUUCUUGAGCUCAGCUAUGAUGAACCCUCCUCCCCCGAAGACCACUCCCAGUUCUUCAUCCGCCGCGCCGCCUGCCCAGAACACGAAUCCUAUGUGGAGAAAUGACCUGCUCGAGCGACAGGACUCGCAGCCCCCGAAUGCAGUCCAGAAAGCCUAUGCCCACCCUGCCUGGAUCCCUCUGGCCCGCGAUUGGGGCGGCAACCAUGUGGCCAUCGACUUGGCCCCAGGGCCUGCUGGAAAGUGGGGUCAGGUUAUCAUCUUUGGUCGGGACUACGAUUGUAAAUACGUUGUCGCACGGUCCUGGGCUGCCUUCCUUGCUACACUGGCGGAUGACAUCUGCAGCGGCAAGGUCUCCGUGGAUGAAGAAACGAGUGAGAUGAAGCUUUUGGAGUUCAAGUCGCAAAAUGUGGAACCCCCUUACCUGGAGAUCCUACGGUGGAGAACAGAUCAGAAAUAUGGCAGGAGGCCACCUAGACGCAAGGCUCCGAAUGGUCUGGGUUUGAGUACGGGCAGCAAGUCGGGUAAAGAGUCCCCCUAUGGCAGCCCAACUCCUAGCGAAGAGCGUGGAAGGUCGCCGCAUCGGUUCCCGAAUCGUGGGUCUACCCAGAGCCCCAAGACUCAGUUUGGCAUCUCAAGUCCGCUGGCUCGCGUGACAGAGGAAGCAACAAGCCCUGUGCACACCAUUGUGGAAGCCGAGGUCCCAGAGCAGGCGGCUAAGGAGAACGAAGAAGAGCCAACGUCGGAUGAUUUGAUGGAGGUAGCAACGCCUCGGAUCAGUGGAAAGGAGAACGACGGAGUUGCCAAGAAUGAGGACGGGCGCCAGUCAUUGGAAUCGGACAAGGCGCAAAAGCGUGAAUCGAAUCAACCGACUUCGGCCACUGGCUUGGACGCCGAGGUCUUGGGUGAAAUGAAAAAUGUAGCGAUCUAGACCUCGUUUUGAGCGGUUGUUGCUUUGCCCCCUUUCCCGGCUCGCCCAUUUCAUCUUUAUCAUGAGCAUCUUGCGUUUGCGUUACUAAUGCGGAGUUUUCUGACAUUGUCUCCCAGUCAAAGUGUACCAGGCGCCCGUAUGAAGUCGAUGGAUUUGUGUGAACACUCUUCUGACCUACGUGUAUAAAUCCCUAGCAUUGCCAUUCUCCCUGAUUCCUGUGGCCGUUUCUCCUUUUUCCUUCUUCUGUUGUCCUUUGCAGCUUCCAGCAGCCUUUAUCUCUUUCUUUGCUCAGGAUGGUCACCUGCGAUCUGUUUCCUUCACAUAGCUGUAACUUUACCUCAACGAUGACGCUGUAUUAGUUCACUUCAAGUCUCCUCCAAUCUUGCUGUAGCCUUUCACCUUCAACAUCGAUACUUCCUCAGUCAUGGCUGAUUC